ACAUUAUUAGGUUGACAUAGACUGACCUAAGGCGGCUUAAGUAGUGUAGACUGAGCUUCAGUACAUUGUGGAAUAAACUCAUCUUGCUUCUAAAACAAAGAAAGUGGGGUAAUAGUUUUAAAAUGCAAGCAGUGUAUUUGUGUUACAUUUUUAUUUCAGUUUACAAUGCUUGUGUUACUAUUUGCAGAUAUAUUUGAUACAUAUUGAGAUGUAAACUAUGACAUGAAUUACUGGUUGUUUUAAAAAAAAAAAGUCUUUAAAGUGUGUUCCUUUCCUUAUUGGUGUGUUUUUUGUUUUGUUUUUUAAAUGCAGAGUCUGCUUAUAUCAGUGUAGGAAGAACCAAGUAUAGCUCUAGUACCAUGUUUGGCAAGUGGUCCGUGCCGGUUCUGAACAGGAAAGAAAAGAACAGGGGAUUAAAAAUGAGGCCUCGUGAGUUUGAAAAUACAUCAUGUAGGUGCCCUCUAGUUCUGUCUUUGUGCCAUCUUGAGGUGAUGGUGAAACUAGGACAACAUUAAGUGUAACGAUGGCCAAGUAUUCUUUUCCACCGUGCAUCAUGUCAGCAGCAGCCAAUCUUUAUCCAGUGCACCAGCCUCUCACAUGGCAUUGCCAAUAUCUUAUGAGGAGGCCACUCCAUCAUCAUUGCCCAGAUUGAAAUGCAUGAGCAGCUCAGCUGAUGUUACACUGUUUUAUUUUGUUUUGCACAGGCUGAAGAGAAAAACAAUUGCAGAGCCCACUCAGUUCUGCUCCAUCCUAAAAGGAUAUUUGUAAUUAAAAUAUAUUGUACCCACUCUUAAAUGUGCAGUAAAUAACAUGGGCGCACACAUUUUAGUGUAUCAUUGCUGUAGAUGGGUGGUUGUGAUUUGCUUGAGUGUACGUUAGAAAAUAGCAUUUCAGUGCCUUUUUUUUUUAAAGGGGAGUGUGUGAUAGUACUGAGUUAAGAGGUACACAGGAAACUUUUGAACCUGAAAUUGCUUUUUGAGAAAAGCGGAACUCUGAUUAUAUAAGGACUUCCACUGAGGUAGACUUCAACAUUUAUUAAGCUAAGGGUAAAUAUUGAUGAAAACCAAGAGGUAAUACAUAUUUUUGAAAUAUUAAUCAGAAAUAUCUAGAUGUCUGUCAGUCUGCUCAAGAAUUUCAUAAGAAUUACAAGGUUUGGAGGGUUUUUUAAGAUAUUCUAGAAAGACGAUAAUGCUAUUGGUUGGGGAGUGUGACUAAAUAAUUAUAGAUCACUGAGCCAGUCAGGAAGCUUUUAUUGGUGUAAAUGCUCUGCUUAACAUUUUUCCAGGCUUUGAUAUUGAUCUUGGGAGGUAAACAGUUGAAAAUUACUUGACUUUUUUUCCCUGUAUGUAAAAUGAUAAAUCUGUGAAAGCAUGUACCUUUGAUAAUACUAUGCCAUUGGAUGGAGAGUAGGAGAGCUUGGCUUGCUUUGUAGUCCAGCAGAGCUGCUCUCUUGUUGAUUCAUUAAGAUAUAACCUUGAGUGAAUCCAACAAUGUGUUAUUUCUUAUACUUUUCUGAUCUUAGUUUAUUUUUGAUCCCAACAUUCUCCACAACAUGCUUAUGCUUUAAUUUCAUAUAACUGAUGGUGGUGGUCUUCAGAACUGCUGUUGUGGAGUUGAAGUAGAGAAUAAAUGCUUUUAUGGCCUGUAGUUGUACUUUUUUUAAGUGAUCGUCCUGACAGCUCUCACCUCACAAACUAAACGAUUUUGGGCUGGUUUGGUAUUUGAAUGAAACUCCAAAGAACCCUUAGGUGCUGCAGGAAGCGGAGUUGGUGAUUUAGUAGGUAGCACCUUUUCCUCUAAGUCAGAAAUAAAUGAGUGGCGCAGCAUGGUAGCUGUGGGGGGCACUGUGCUGCUGGAAAGUCGGGUUUCAGAUGUGACAUUAAAAAGGAAAAAUAGCCCUGGAAUGAGAGAGGGUGUUAACCUCAUUGACCUGGACAAAAUCCAAAGUAGGUAGCUAGAUUACACCUACCUGAACUUUUAGGGAAAGUUUAAAGGGAUAUGAUAUUGUUCACAUUUGGUCUAGUCCUGUACAUGCUAAACUCAGGGAAUUUUCAGUUAACUUUUGUGAGUGCAGUACUGGGACUUUGUUGUCUAAAUUGCUGUGUUCUGCUACCUUUCGUUAUAGAUACGGAUGAAUUUCACUGCUGGAUGAAGUGAUUUCUGCGUAAAUGUGUCAGCAUGAGGGCUAGAUUGCGUAAGCACUGGGGCACUGUUUACACUCAUGCUUUACAGUGCUGUAACUUGCUGCGCUCAGAAGGGUGUUUUUUCACACCCUUGAGUGAGAAAGUUGUGGCGCUGUAAAGCGCCAGUGUAACCAAGGCCUAAGGUUUUGUAAAGUUACUUGGGAUGAAAGAUGCUAUAUCAAUAGUAAAAUAUUACUCCCUGUUGUAAGAUGUGAGAGUAUUGUUGUAGCAUUGUUGAAUUACUAGUAAAAGUGUAAUUUUGCAUUGUCGGAAAAAUCCAGAUUUUGGCAACAUUCAGAGUUGCUUUCUGCAGUUAUGAGGCAAACAGUGACAUUUGGAGGAGCAACUUCUUGUAGUUGAUUAUGGACCCAAAUUAAAUUUAGUAUUUGGAAAGCCUGUAGCAGAUAUUUGAUGAUCCUUGCUUGAUGAGCAACGGCAAUGUGAAUUCUUUACAUCUUCUUAUUCUGAUGUCAGUCUGCACCUUUAGAAAAUAGUCCUUCUUUCCCACUUAGGACUUGAUCCUGCAAAUUGCUCUCCACAGGCAGACCCUUAUGUUUGGGCAGAGCACUGCACUUUUGAAAUAAGUAGGGCACUGCUUGGGUCUCAGGGUUAGCCACGUGGAGACAGUUGCAGGAGCACAGCAUAGAAUUAUUCAUCUAUUUUGCAAUGAAUAUGAACAUCACAUUUAGGUGGUGUUUUAUUUUCCAGUUUCAGUUAUAAACCCACAGCAGUUCAUCUUAAUCAGGAAAAGCACCAUGAUUUCUCAAAGAAAAUAUAAAAUAUGCUUUAAUUUUAAUUCAGAUUUUAAAUCCAAAUUAAUACAAUUUUCAUUUAACUGUUUGUAUUCGCUUCUUAUUUUUCAGAGUUCUUUGAAAAAUCCUUAGUGGUCUUGACAAUGUUACAAGUGACAUAAUUUAGCCAAUGGCACAGCAUGAUGGAUUCCCAGAAGACUGGAAAUGGUUUGCAAGUGAUUGGACAUGGGACUGGUAUAGGGAUAUCUGCACUCCACAUGGUGGGGUAUUCGGGAAAAAACUGUAAUUCUGCUGAAAUAACGUCAGAUGAGUGCUGCCCAGCCUGCAAAGAGAGAGGCCAGAUACAAGCUUUACGGACUUACCACAUUAGCUUUCAAGAGUCUAUUUUCCUUUGUGAAAAUCCACAGUGCAUCUACCCUCUGGGCUAUAAACCAUUAAACAGCAUAAUAAUUCCUGCUGAUUCAGAAAAUCAUCAAACUCAGGGUACUGAGAGAAAAAGGAAGAUUUUUGAAAUCAGUCCUACAGCUUCCCCCAUUGAAUCAUGUUCAAAACAAGCUAGGACAAACAACAAUUUGAUAGAUGCUGAGCACACUUUAAAUACUGAUCUUGUUGUCCAGCGUAAUGGAUACAAUUUGUGUGUGACCCAGCCAUGCCUACCUGAUUUAUCACCGGAUGAUCAGCAGAAACAUAAUCGUACGACUGAGUCUCUGGAGCAUAAUGUGGACUUGGCAACUGCUAUUACUGUUGGUGGUGUACAAGAAAGUCCUGACUCUAAUUCCAAAACAGAACUUUUCCCAAAUUCUGAACUUUGUUCAAUAAAAUCUGAAAUCUUGCAUAUAGAAAGUAAAUCUUCAUUUUUCACAGGGCAUUUGUGUCUUCAGUGGAGGAACAUAUAUGCUCUAUGUUGGUUAGACUGUAUUUUGUCAGCACUGGUACACUUAAAAACUUUAAGGAUUGCUGUGACUGAAGCUUGCACUGAAGAAUCUGUAAUCCAGAGGCUGUUUACAAAAUAUAACCAAGCAACUGCACUCUUGAAUGCCUGCCAAACAAAUAAGCUAAAAGAUGUUCUUCCAAAAGCUGAGUCACAUCUGAAUGAAAUCAGAAAUACGAUAUUUGCUCAACUUCAACCCCAGCUUAAGUGUGAAUUGGGUAAGAAGGAAAGUCCAGUAUUUGCAUUCCCUCUGCUUUUACGAAAGGAUCCCCAAGUCGAGACACUUUUCCUGCAUUCUUUUUCAUGGAUGUUUGAAUGUUUACAUUGUGGCUACAGCCACCAAGACAGAUGUAGGAAGACACUAACAACAUUUACAAAUAUAAUCCCUGACUGGCACCCACUUAAUGCUAUUCAUAUCGCUCCAUGUAAUAAUUGUAAUGAUAAAUCUCAAAGAAGAAAAAUGAUUUUGGAAAAAGUACCCUCAAUAUUUAUGAUACAUUUCGUAGAAGGUUUGCCACAUAAUGAGCUGAAGAACUAUUCCUUUCAAUUUGAAAAUGAUUUCUACCAAAUAACAGCUGUUAUUCAGUAUCAACAAGAUCCAGAACACUUCAAAACCUGGGUUUUGAAUUCUGACGAAACUUGGCUUGAAUGCAAUGACAUCAAAGGUCCAUAUUGUGAAAGACGUGAGAGAUUUGAAGUUCCUGUUUCAGAGAUUCACAUUGUCAUCUGGGAAAGGAAAGCAUCCCAAGUGCCAGAUAAAAUUUGCUCACAAGUCCAAAGUGUAAAAUCUGAAAAUCUUCCUCUUAAUGAUGCACAGUCAAGUUCUUCUCUAGUGUCAAAUUGUGAAGGUGAUAAUGCCGUAGACAAAAUAACUCCAGUAUGUUACAAAAAGGAGAUUGUGGGCAUUCCUGCUAAUGAACAACAAAAAGUGGCCAGAGAGAAUGAAAAUAGCUUGCUUUCUGGCUUAGAAAAUUUGGCAGAUGAUGAUAUUAUAACUCUGACACUUGUAGAAAUUCAAGUUGAUUCUGAAGGUAAACCACUGGACAAUGGACAGAUAGUGGGAAAUAACCUAAUUGCUGAAACAGGCUUGCUGAAAGAGCAAGGGUUAGCUUGUUCAGAUCAAACUCCAUGUACAGACAAUGUUUGUAGUCAGACUACCUCCAGCAACAUGUGCACACCGUCUGAAAAUGCCUGUAUGUCCUCACAUCCCGGACAGUUGAAUCUAGCGCAUACUCCAUCUGCUGUUCCCACAAACAAUUGUAGUGACUCGUCCAUGCCAUCACACACUCAAGAGGCAGAGGCCAAAGCUAGCCCAGUCAACACUGAGAAUAUCCUGUUUAAUCCAGAACUCUUGCAGAAUAAGAAAUUACCAUUAAUGGAGAACGUUACGCAGAAAUCAUCUAACACCAGAAACACAAGCAAAACUGAAGCAGACUCUCAGGCUGCAACUUUGUCUGCUACCAAUAAUUCCUCCCAGUCUUUGCAUAAAGAUCAAAAGAAAGGAUUUGUAGGAAGUUGGGUAAAGGGGUUAUUAAGCAAACAUAAUACCUUCAUGCCUUCAAGUGCCUUAACCCAUCAUAAGAAAAGUUACAAAAAUCCUUCUUUACUAGGAGCUACUGACUUACAUCUCCCUAAUAAGGGGGCAGCUAAUUUUGGUGGCUUUCAAGCCAAAGGUACAUGCAAAACAACUGAGGGGGCACCUAAAUCAUCUGUUUGUCAAGGUGGAAAUCUUUCUUCUUUGUUAACAAACAUCACUGGUCCUUCUGCAAAUGCUCGUCUACCUGCAGUAAACCCUGUAGUGGAUGGUCCAACUUUGAAUAAGUCUGGAAGCUCAUUGGGCACCUGGAGUAAAGUAAUUCAGCCCAACAACCCCAUCUUUAAUUCCAAACCUAGCCAUGGGGAAAAUGGACAUCACAAAUCUGAUGUGAAGGAUCAAGAAUCAAAUGCCAAAACUCACAAACUUCGUUUAAAACUGCUUAAAAAACUGAAGGCUAAAAAGAACAAGUUGGCCUCACUUGAUAGGCUGGCAAAGACUCAGAUGUGUAAUGGAAGCUCUCCAAACAGAGAUGUAGAAGAUCUCUUACACUUUGGAUCUCAUCAUGAAAGUGAAUCGGUACAGAACUUACUGAAGGAAUUACAGUAUCAAAUUGAUGCUGCAGAUAGUGAAUCUGUAUAUAAUACAAACUCCAAUAUGUUAUUAUGCAGUAGCCAGAGCAAUGCAGAGUUUUUAGCAGACUUAUUGUCUCCUACUUCCAUUGUUGCUUCUUCGGAGCUUCCAAAAGAUGAGUGUAGAUAUUUGGAAAUGGUGGACAGCAAUACUGCAACACCCAUGCAUAGUGAGAGAACCAACCUCACAUGCGUCACUGUGGCAAGCGAAGACCAUAAUUAUUACAGUCCUGUAAAAGAAAGCAAGUAUGAAGGUAACACAGACUCACUAAUAAACAAAUCCUGCUUGAAAAGACUUUCCUUUGAAAGCCCCACAAAGGAAGAUAUCCUUGAAGACCUGUUCUCCCCUGCAGUGUUGAGCUCAAUAGCAAGCGACAUAGAUUUACCUCAUUUUGAUGAAACUCUGUUUGAAACUUGAAUUGCUGUAAUAUUUGUUUUUAACACUUGAGAAUUUUGUAUAUCAACUUUCACACAAAGUACUAUUAAAUUAUAUUUUCAAACUAGUUUAUUUGCACACUGGCUGUACUUGAACGUUGAAAAUCUGAAGUAUUUGUCUCUUAAAUUUCAUUGUAGCUGUUGAAUAAGAUUUUUAGUCUUUAACUUUUCCAAUUAAAUAAGUGAGAGAGUUGAUCUUUCACAA